CGUCGUAACUGGUGAGAACUGGUUUUUUUCUCUUUCAGCGCCAACUCAAUUCUCAAACAGCCAACGUCGCAGCCCACGCGCCUCCCGCGCCGCCACCGGGUAAACCAGCACUGCGCUCGUCCCACGAAAGGCCACAUGUUUCAUUCAGCACCUUGUUAUUAUUUCUAUCAGAGCCCCCCAAAAACGUAUCUCAUGUAAAUUUUAUUUUCCCUGACUUCUUAAUUUGGCCCGCCUGUCGAUUCGCUGGGCGAGAAGUAGAGGAAAGGGGAAGAAGCAAAAGGUGUGAAUUUGUUUAUUCGCGUACGCUGUCUCCUUUGACAUAUACCCAAGCUGGAUUGGACCCGAAUAAUUCAUCAUGGAAAUCUACACGCUCAACCUGGCCGGCCUGCUGGUUCUGUGCGGCGCGCUGUUCGCCGCGCAACAGCGGCAGCAGCAGCACAGGGCGAAAUCCAGAUCAGAGUCGGCAGACAAUAGCAGCAGCAGCAACAACUUAAACAAGAAAACCAAGACGACGACUCCCGAAACACCUCCGCACUCCCGCCGCUCCUUCCUCGCCAUCUACGCGCUGGUCAUGGCCGCCGACUGGCUGCAGGGCCCGUUCCUGUACGCGCUGUACCGCGACGAGCACGGCGUGGCAGCGGCGACGGUGCCGGCGCUGUUCACGGCCGGGUUCACGGCGGGCGCGGCGAGCGGCAGCGUGCUGGGCUCCGUGGCGGACCGGCGCGGGCGCAAGGCCGCGUGCCUGUUUUUUUGUGCUGCGUACGCCCUGUCGUGCGUGCUGACGGCGUUCCCGCACCAGGCGGCGCUCCUGCCGAUGCUGUUUGCUGGCCGCGUGCUUGGUGGUGUUGGGACGAGUUUGUUGUUUACGGUCUUUGAGAGCUGGCUUGUGGCUGAUUUCCAUCGUCAUGCCGGCGCCGGCGCCAGCGCUGGCGGUGGUGGUGGUGGUGGUGGUGGUGGUGAUGGUGAUGGUGAUGGUGAGGAGCUGGCUGAGACGUUUGGCCUCAUGAGCACCCUCAACAGUGCCGUCGCCAUCCUCAGCGGUGUUGGCAGUGAGUGGCUGGUGGCGGCGACGGGGACGAGAAAGACGCCGUUUGCGGCCAGCGUGGUGCUCCUGGCCGUGGCGUUUGGGCUGAUCUGGACGCAGUGGCGCGAAAACUACGGUGAAACAGGGCCCGCCACGCAGUCUUCGCCAGGACAGUCUACACACAAACCCCCAAAAGACAAACAGCUAUGGACAGUCCUGACCAGCCCCAAGGUGCUCUCGCUCGGGCUCGCCUCUACCGUGUUCGAAGGGUCCAUGUACAUGUUUGUGUUCUUCUGGACGCCAGCCCUCAAGUCGGCGCGCGCGUCCUCGUCGCCGGAGAUAGACCUCCCGUACGGCGUGAUAUUCGCCAGCUUCAUGGCGGCCGCGCUAGCGGCCUCGCUAGCCUUCGGCAUGGCCACCCCGGCCACCACCACGGCUGCCCGCCACGCGCACCUGCUAGUGGCCAUCCUCGGCACGGCGGCGGCUUGCUUUUUUCUCGUCUCGUCCCGGACCGUAGCGGCAGCAGCAGCAACGUCAUCCGAGCAGACCACCUUCUGGAUCUUCUGCCUCUUUGAGGCCACCGUCGGCAUGUACUGGCCGUGCAUUGGGUGUUUACGCGGGGCUGUCGUCGACGACGCCGUGCGAGCGCGCGUCUACGGCGUUCUCCGGGUGCCCUUGAACAUUUUUGUCGUCGUGUCGCUGCUGCUCACCCGCGCGGGCGGUGCAGAUGCGUUCAAGAACGGCAAGGUGCGAGAGAAGGACGGACUAAGCAAGUGA